AUGGUAGUGAGUGUGUGUAAGGCUAUGGAUAAGGUGGAAUUCUUCUCAAAUCUUCAAAAAGUUCACCACUCAAGGAAUCAGUGGGAUCAAGGGGUGAUUGCUACACACGAAGACUGUGAACAGAUUGGUGAAGCUGGAAGAUUCAAGAAGCGUGAAUCGAGUAAAGAUUAUGCAGAAGAGUUUGGCAUUAAGUUGUAUACUAGUCAAGAUAUAGAUAUGAGAUUUAUUUUUCUCAACAUUGUGUGGAUUAGUGAUUCUAUGAGCUCUUGGAAUAUUUGUCAAAAUAAUAAGGAACACAACAGAUUCCAAUGGGAAACCAUUGAAGAGUGGAGUAUGGAAAGUAAGGAAGAACGUCAAACCAGGGUUAGUCCUCAAACCUACACUUUUAAUCUUUUGCUUCAAUCUCUUUGUGAACAUAACAUUCUUGACCAUGCCCUCCAACUGUUUAAUAAAAUAUCUGAAAAGGGACGUUAUCCUAAUGAGUUCACUGUUGGCACUCUUGUUCGCGGGUUUUGUCGAGCAGGCAAAACUAAAGAGGCUUUGGAGUUUAUUGAUAGCAAGUUAUGUUUUAAUGUUAAUAGGGUUGUGUAUAACACUCUUGUGUCUAGCUUCGGUAAAAAGGAUAUGAAUGACGAGGCUGAGAAAUUAGUUGAGAGGAUGAGAGAGAAGGGUUUAUUUCCUGAUGUUAUUUUCUAUGUGUAA